CACAAACGCCCCUUGCUCGCCGGCUAUUUGUAUUUUCCGCGGCUCGCCCCUCGCUCUUUCUUCCUUUUUGUUUUCUUUUUCUUUUUUUUUCCCCAACCCGUCGUCGGCUGCGGCACUCCUGAAGCUCGGAGGAAGCCCCCAAGCCCUUGCCGCCGCCGGCGACGAACCCUACAUCGGGAGGGACGAAGCGAUGGAGGGCGUCAAUGGAGUCGGCGGGUCGGAGAGCGAGCGGAGGCCGCUGUCGGAGGUGGUCGGCGACUGCGUCCAGCGCUGGUUCCAGGACGCGUACAAGGAGGCGCGCAAAGGGGACAUCGCCAACCAGGUGCUUGUAGCGCAGAUGUUCUUCUCGGGUUACGGAACCCCGAAGAACGAGUACAAGGGAAAACAAUGGAUGGAUAGGGCAUCAAGGUUCAGGUCUUCAGCUUUGAGGGUUGGCAUGAAACGUCCAGGAUACAAUGCAAGUGACUCAGACUCUGAUGAUGAAAAUGAUGACGCCAACCAAUAACAAUCAGUUACAACUUGAGUUAUUUAGCUAGGAGAUUCACAGGGUAAUUACAAAGUUGUGGUUAAUCUAGUGUCAGUCCCAGCAACUUGAGCAUGCUGGGACUGCUUUCGAUUGGGAUACUACUGUGCGUGCCAGCAAUCAAGUAAAUGUUGUAAGCCCAUUUGGAUGCUUCAAAGUACAGUGUACUCAGUGUCUGCUUGAAAAAACAAGGGGAUUAUGACUUGGCCAUGUUUAAUUAUAUUUAUUAAUUCAUUUUUACACCUGUUUUUUUUUUCA